AAACAUACCGAUUGCAUGUAGUGUUAUUAGGCGCUGCCGGCGCUACGACCGAGUACCAUUGCAUUGGUGUGAUUAACAUUUAAAUCGUGCUGUUAAAUUCUCAUUUUUUGCUCAACAUACCAAUUUCGUUGUCGUCGGUUAUCUUCUACAUUGGUUUAAACACCAGCGAUUAUGAAUUUAAUCAUUUUUAAAGAAACAUUGAAAUUCUUCGCAAUUCAACCUAACUUGAAAUCUUUACUGGUUAUGGCAAACGUUUUCUGAACAACCUAUCAAGUUUGACUUGUACAUGGCAGAGCUUUUUAUCAGAUAUAUCAAGAAUAAAUUAUUGACCAUUAAAAUCUGCACUAUUUUAUUAAUAUUAAAAAAAUAUUACUGGUAUUCAAUAAAAUAAAACCCAUUGGCGUAUUCAUGAAUAUUGUUGACUUUUUAUGAGUUAUUUGACAUAAGCGCUUUCUUUCCAAUACUGCUACCAUGCAAAACAUUGUAUCAUCAAAAAGUAAAAGAGUUUUUACAUUAGAAAAAAAUUCAUUGUCCGAACCUCCUUAUAAAAGACUGAAGAUGCAAUCUAUUCAAAAGACUGAAACUGUAACAUCAAAAUCCACAAUGUCGCAUACAUUCAAAAGUGAAGAUCAGAAACUUUUAAAAAGCAGUUACAUCCCAUUAGCAGAGAAAAUGAGACCAUUAAGCCUCAGUCAAUAUGUGGGCCAAAAGCAUAUCCUUGAUUAUGGGACGGUAUUGUACCAAUUAUUAGAGAAGAAUGAAAUUCCAAGCAUGAUACUGUGGGGUCCACCAGGAUGUGGAAAGGCAUACGAUUUUUUCAGACUACUCUUGCCAUCAUAAUAGCUGGACUGAAUAAUCAAGAAGGUGAAAGUAAAGCUACACGUUUUGUCAAACUAUCAGCUACUUCGUCUGGCAUUGGUGACAUUAAAGAAGCUGUGAAUGAAGCGAAAAACGAAGUAAAAUUUGGUCGUCAGACCAUUAUUUUUAUGGAUGAGAUACAUCGCUUCAAUAAGCUCCAGCAGGAUAUUUUUUUACCUCACGUCGAAGCCGGCACGAUUACGUUGAUUGGAGCUACAACCGAAAAUCCCUCCUUCAGUUUAAAUUCUGCAUUACUUAGUCGCUGUCGAGUAUUCGUACUUGAAAAACUCGCCAGCACGGAAUUGAUAUCAAUUUUACAAAAAGCUAUCGUUUUGAUGAAUGGGAAAAUCUACGACCCGUCAAACUCUGUGAAUCUUGAAAGUUUAAAAACUAAUGUGCCUGAACAUAUAAACUUUUUAAUAGAUAUACAAAAUAUCGAAUGGCUAGCUAAUGCAUGUGAUGGAAAUGCUCGUGUAGCUUUGGGUGGAUUGGAAUUAGCAAUUCAGUGUAAAAUGAUGAGCAAUACUGCAUCUCAAUCACAAAAUUCUCAAACAAUAACAUUAGAAGAUAUAAAAAGAAGUCUUAUGCGAUAUCAAACAGUGACAGACAAACGUGGCGACAAUUGUCAGGAUUUGAUUUCUGCGCUGCAAAAGUCUAUAAGAGCAGGAGAAGCGAAUGCAUCGCUUUAUUGGCUGGCAAGAGUAAUGGCAGCGGAAGAGGAUCCCGUGUGCAUAGCAAGACGUUUAAUAAGAAUUGCGACAGAGGAUGUCGGUAUAAUCGAUCCCGAUGCUUUAGGUAUCGCAGUUAACACGAUGCACGGCUGUCACAUGAUUGGUAUGCCAGAGUGCGACGUCUUGCUCACCCAGUGCGUCGUUUACUUGGCCAAAUCGCAAAAAUCCCGAAUUGUGGAUAACGCGUUGAGAGCAGCACAGCAGCUUGUGCAAAACCAAAAGGGACCACAGCCAUCCGUGCCGCAUCACAUACGUUAUAAAUCAGAAGAGGGAAAGCUUAUGGCAAAGGUUCAACGCGAAAAGAUUUUAUUCGAAAGUAAGAUAGCAAGAAGCAUCAUUUGCCGAAGGGUUUGGAAAAUGUCAAUUUUUUCAAAACUACGAUGGGGAAAAUUAUUACGUCUAAUACUAAAUAAAUAUUGUACAAAUAAUAAAAAAUUGCAAAAGAUUAAAUAAA